UCGGGCUGAGACUUCCGGUGAGUGGCCGAGGGUGGGGGGAAGAAUUUUAUUGCACUGAAAUCUGCAUGAGUUCCGGGAUUUGUGGCUUCUGGGCUCUGCGUUGGAACAGAAUCACUGGGAAACCGUCGGUAUUGAGCAUCCAGGGGAAGUCUGAGUGAAGAAUUCCUGGAAUAAACGAGGGUAAUCGAGUCUGAAGGAAAUGGUAACUGAUAAAAACUGAGAUAAUGGCAGUCUGCAUUGCCCAAGCCGUGACGGUCUCUCUGACAGGAAGUGACUCCUCGUUGUGCUGAGUUACCAAUAAAAGGACGAAAUGGAGACUGCUCAAUCUGCUGAGUUAGCCUGAGGCGCGGCAAGACUGAGGGAAGUCGGUGACGCGAUCCUAAACCCCAUUUCCCAGUUGCACUUUGGCAGUAUAUUCCGCGAUGGAGAAGAUGUCGCGGGUGACCACGGCCCUGAGCGGGGUGACCAUCACGGGUCGGACGAUGUUCUGCCAUCUGGACGCGCCAGCGAACGCCAUCAGCGUGUGCAGAGACGCCGCCCAGGUAGUGGUGGCCGGACGCAAUAUCUUCAAGAUCUACUCGGUGGAGGAGGAGCAGUUUGUGGAGAAAGCCAACCUGCGUGUGGGCCGCAAGCUGUCCCUCAACUUCAGCUGUGCCGACGUGGUGUGGCAUCAGGUGGAGGAGAACCUGCUGGCCACGGCAGCCACCAACGGUGCGGUGGUGACCUGGAACCUGGGGAAGCCGUCUCGCAACAAGCAGGACCAGCUGUUCACCGAGCACAAACGCACGGUCAAUAAAGUCUGCUUCCACCCGACCGAGGGCUACAUGCUGCUGAGCGGCUCCCAGGACGGCUACAUGAAAUGCUUCGACCUCAGGAAGAGAGAGUCUGUCAGCACCUUCUCAGGUCAGUCAGAGAGUGUGCGCGAUGUCCAGUUCAGCAUCAGAGAUUACUUCACAUUUGCUGCUUCGUUUGAAAAUGGUAAUGUUCAGAUCUGGGACAUCAGGCGCCCAGACAGAUACGAGCGCAUGUUUACAGCACACAACGGGCCCGUAUUCUGCUGUGAUUGGCACCCAGAUGACAGGGGUUGGCUGGCCACCGGAGGCCGCGAUAAAAUGGUAAAGGUGUGGGACAUGACGACGACGCGGGCCAAGGAGAUCUACUGCGUGCAGACCAUCGCUUCGGUGGCGCGUGUCAAGUGGCGCCCGGAGAUGAAGUACCACCUGGCCACCUGCUCCAUGAUGGUGGAUCACAAUAUCUAUGUGUGGGACGUCCGCCGGCCGUACAUUCCCUUCGCCAUGUUCGAGGAGCACAAGGACGUGACCACGGGGAUCGUGUGGCGUCACAUCCACGAGCCCUACUACCUGCUCUCGGGGUCCAAGGACAGCACGCUAUACCAGCACAUGUUCCGGGACGCCAGUCGGCCCGUCGAUCGGGCCAACCCCGAGGGCCUGUGUUACGGGCUGUUUGGCGACCUGGCCUUCGCCGGCAAAGACAGCCCGUUUUCCACCGACUCCAACCACAAGGCGUACGGCGGAGACCGACGCUACCCCAUCUUCUUCUUCAAGAAGCCGGAUUUAUCGGAACAGUUUGCCAAUGUGUCGAGCGCUCUCAGCGUGUUCGAGACCGAGGCCGGCAGUAACUCCAUGGACUGGUUCGUGCAGACGGCGCGGCAGUACAUCCUGACUGGCCGGCCACUGGCAGAGCUCUGCGACCACAACGCCAAAGUGGCCAAAGAGUUGUACCGUUUCCAGGUGGCUCAGACGUGGACAAUGCUGAGGAUUGUCUACUCUAACCCAGGGGCCAUCGCUCCUGUCAACCUGAACCAGAGUAUCGGCAAGAGUGGAGCCCUGCCUCUAAUGAACAGUUUUAAGGAGAUCUCGGCCGCCCUGGGGAACGAGGCCAGGCUGGAGAGAGGGAAGUCGGAGAACUGGCAAGAGAGUAAUCAUUUAGAUUCCUCCAACCCUUUAAUUACUGCAAAUGAAGAGAACGAGGAGACUGAAGGCAGCGACGUGCCAGCUGAUUACUUCUUUGGAGAUGUGGAAGGAGAUGAAGAUGACUUAUAUAUGGUCGACCACGAGAACGCUCCUGCAGAGGAGCAGGAUUAUGUUCUCCCUCAGGAAGCAUUCCCGCUCCGGCAUGAGAUCAUCGAUAACCCUUUGGCGCCGGACCACCUGCAGGAGAAAGUGGAUUCUCCACACGUCAGCGGCAAUGAAGCCGAGACCGUGUGCUUAACUCCCAUCGAAUCCUUUUCCCUGAUGUUAAUCUCUCAGCCUCUGUACGAUGCCUUCCUGCCCUCCGAUUACUUCAACCCACUGGUCAGAGACAUGCUGCAUUACUAUGCAGAGCAAGGAGAUGUGCAGAUGGCUGUGUCAGUCCUCAUUGUACUCGGUGACCGAAUACGCAAGGAAAUUGAUGAGCAGACACAAGAGCACUGGUACACUUCCUACAUCGACGUGCUGCAGCGCUUCAAACUGUGGAACGUCUCCAACCAAGUGAUCAAACUGAGCACGUGCAGCUCCAUCAACUGCUUAAACCAGGAAUCCACCACCCUGCACAUCAACUGUAGUAACUGUAAACGGCCAAUGAGCAGCAAGGGCUGGAUCUGUGACAGGUGCCGUCAGUGUGCCAGUAUGUGUGCUGUUUGCCACCAGGUGGUGAAAGGGCUGUUUGUCUGGUGCCAGGGGUGUAGCCACGGGGGACACUUGCAGCACAUCAUGAACUGGCUGAGGACUAGAUCCCAUUGCCCGGCUGGCUGCGGCCACCUGUGUGAAUACACCUGAAACAGGCAGUGCCAGCACCUGGCAGUGCCAGCCCAGCACAACAACUGCUCUCCCACUGGAUGUGAGUCUCUCUGCCAUGUUUCCCAACACUUUAUACACAUCAACAACAAGCUCCAGCCCCAACAAGGAAUAAUCAUUAAAGGUUAAAUAGUUUACCCUGAAAUUCUUUUAACUAGUCAAAUGGAAAAACUGUUGCUGUGUUAUCUGUUUGCAAAUUGUUUUAAGAUGCGUUGGAAUUUUGCAUGGACACAAAACCCAUUUUCUUUCUCUGCCUCAGUGGCUUCUAUCUGUUCGGAUCAAUUACCAAAAGGGAUUUCACUACAGAUCUAUCUGAUGGUCCGCACUAACACAAUGACUUGCUUAUUGAGUAAAUAUCCUUCCUAGUGAUGAAUGCACCAUUCACCCAUUGUCCAGAUGUUUACAGAUGAAACUUGAUCCUUAGAUUCCAAACAACAAGAAUCUUAUUGAAGUGACUGACACCAUUGCAGGGUUGGUGUUGGCAUUUUGCUGUCUUUCUCCAUUCGCUUCCAUCUUGUGCAGGCAGCAGGCACCAACCUUCCCAGGACUAACCUUGUGUCUCCCCAAUUGAAUAGUUACGUAGAGACUUGUGUAAAGUUUAUGAGUGCUGACAUAUCUCUAAAGUUGCCUUUCAUAUUGUUUUGUAUAAGGUAAGUAUAUGUACAGUAGCAAAGGGGAAUUAUGAGUAAAACAGUGAAGGGUUUGAAUCUGCAGCAAAGUAAAAUCUGAGCGGUUUGAGUUGUGGGGAGACUCUGUUCCUGUUGAGUGGCCUUGGGGAUUCAGAGCCUUGGGGAGGGGGUCUCAGGGAGGGUAUCCUAUAUGGUGUAAUCCAUUGGCCAAUUGCAAGUUCAUGCCCCAUCGAGAUGAUUCACUGUGUUUAGAAUCUCUGUGCCUUGUCCACAUCGGUCACAUCCACUUCAGGGGGAAACAUCAACUUUUAAUGUCUGUGCUAUAUACUGCGGGGAAGACAAAGGAGAACCCAAACUUUCUACAUCCAACAUUCGUUGACCAGGGAGCGAAUUCUGUGAUAUGAAUUUGAUUUUGUAACUCGCCCUGGCCAUUUUGAAUGUUUGGGGAUUUCCUUCCCAAACCCAGUCUAAAGUCAGCACACUCCUGUUGGUGCCAAUUCACAGGCUUUCGUGGAAGGUAACACCUACUGGCAGUCAACAAAUGUACCUUAAAGUGUUCAAAACAUUCUUGUCUGCAUAAAGCAUUGUAAAGAUUUGAUCUUUGCACUGGGUACAACUCCAACUGGGAAAGAGCCUGUUUCACUCUCACCCUUAAUACUUUGAGCCAAGAGCUGAAUAUCCAGUGGGUAUAAUCUAUGCCACAAAGCAGCAAUACACAUUAGAGUGAUUAAUUAUUUAAUAGAUCUACCACCAUAUGGGACAGUUGCAGUUCUUAAUCUUGUUAGAAAUCUCAAUAAAAAAAUAUUGCCAUUGCCAGCUACUGAGUUUAAGCAAAAGGAUAUAUAAUGUGUUGCUCACAGGUCUGUCCUCUCAUUGUAAUGGGCUGAAAUGGAAGUUUUUUUUAACAAAAGGGAAAGGCAGACACAGCAGUUCAGAAACAAACUGAACCUGAGAUUUCAGGAUAAACUACUUUGAUUGUAGUGAAUUCCAUUUAGUGGCUUCAUUUUGAGAUUUUGUUUGUUGAUACAAGGAUGUUGUAUAUAGUUACACACAUUCCACAAGUGAGGAAAACCUCACAGCCCAAAAGGGUUUCUAUUAUUUUACAAAUUGUAAUGAAAUAAAGUUUGUUCUUUACUUGA